CGAUAAACGGCAACCAUUAACCAUAUUGUCAUUAGGCAUAUAGUAAAAUUAAGAAAUUAAACAUAUUUUUCGUGGAAAAUCAGGCUCAAAUAGACAAAUUAAUAGUAUUCACCAGCGAGACAUCAAAAUCUUUCAAAGGUUCCCACCAUUUAGUGAAAGUAGUAUAAGGAAGACGCCCAAAACCAACGCAUAGUUGAAAAAUAGCAAGCAACAAGAAACGCAAAAUCUCAUAAAUAGUACACUAGAAAAAAAUCUAAAAAUGGUUAAAUUAUUUGCUAUAAGUGUCUUCUAUAAAGACGUGGAGGGACGAUUGCUAAAGUCCACAUAUGAUUUACAAUCUUUCUCAUUUUUUCAAAGAGGAACGGUACAGGAGUUCAUGACUUUUGCAUCGAAGACAUUGGUAGAACGCACACAACCCGCUAUGCGCCAAUCUGUUAAACAGGAUGUAUACAUGUGCCAUGUUUAUGUGCGAACAGACAACUUGGCCGGAGUUCUUAUAGCAGAUCACGAAUAUCCUCAACGUGUUGCACAUACAUUGAUCACAAAGUUUUUGGAUGAAUUCUCUGCUAAGAUACCAGUCGAUCAAUGGAAAACUGGCACCGAGAGUAGUAUAGACUUCAAUGUAUUACCCACAUAUUUGGCCAAGUACCAAGACCCCAAAGAAGCGGAUGCCUUAACAAAAAUGCAAAAUGAUUUGGAUGAGACGAAAAUUAUAUUGAAAAAUACAAUUGAGGCGGUGCUUGAACGAGGUGAAAAACUGGACGAUAUGGUGAUAAAAUCAGAAAACCUCUCAAUACAAAGCAAAGCAUUCUACAAGACGGCCAAGAAAACGAAUUCAUGUUGUAAUUUUGGUUAAGGAAUAGAAGGUAUCUUGUAAAAGUUGUCGAAGUUGCAGGCAUAUAUAAUACAAGUCUGGAUAAAACAAAGUUAAGUGAAGUAACUAAAGAAAAAUUAGCGAGAUGAAGGGCGUACAAUUUCCGAAAAAUCUUUGUAUUUAUAUUUGUUUGGACCGAAGUGUAUUCAAAAAAGGACAAAAUUACUUUACAUUUCGGUAACAUUUUGUGAGAAAAUUUAUAGCUGCCUGUGUGUUGCUGAUUGAAUAUAUGAAACUAUUUCACUUCGGGGAAUUAUUUUUGAAAAUUUUUAUUUUCUAAUCGAAUGAGAAUAGUAACGAACGUAUUUUUCUCUAUAUACCGCUGUAGGCAACUUGAAGUUGCCUUUUAUUAAUGUAUACCAUCAGGCAUCGCAAAGUUGCACAAUACUUUUAUUUCGUAGAACUUUUAAACGUGUCCCAGUUUGUUUUGGAGUGUAAGCAAAUUUUGAGAUAGCGGUAUAAAUUUUUAGAAAAGUUUUCUUUUUAAUAUAAAAUACCACAGAUAUAUUAUAUAUAAAUUCAAAGGUAGGUAGGUAGAUUGUUCGCAUACAAUAUGAGAGUAAUGUAUAUUAGGGUUUAGAACGGUAUGGAACGUAAUUUCGUAAUGGUUGCAAGGCAUAUCAAAACAUACUUUAAUGUUCUUCGAGAAACCAUUCCAUUUAGGAUUGCACGGGAGAUCCUUUUUUUAUACUUCUGUCCCUAAGAAAUGAAACGGUGAACCAAUCAAAUGCAGAAAAUCGUUGCGAGGCAUAUCAAAUCAGGAGUGCGAUUUCAUGGAGGCUAUAUAAAGUUUUAAACCGAUUUAGACCAUACUCGCCAUGAAAGUUUAAAGUCGGAAAAAACACUACCUACUCCACGCAACCUAACUACGUUAGUCCUCUAGUCGAAAAAGUACCGGGAAAUGCUAUAGUAAUGAUUUUUCCACACCUGAUAUAUAUGGUGCCUUCAAAUUUGUUAUAAUAAUUGUUAUUAACCCAAUUGCCAUUACUGUUUUACCCAAUUUAGGAAUACUGUUUCCAUUCUCUACCACAAUUCCUAAGGUUGAAAAAAUGCAUUUAGGAUAGGAUGAUCCCUUUUUUAUUCUUCUGUCUCUAAAUAAUAAAUCGGACGCUGAACCAAUAAAAUGCAGAAAAACAGCCACUGAUCAUCAAUGAGUCAUCACCAUGUCUCUGCCUUCUAGAGUUGCUAAGGAUUAUUUCUUUGGUCCUGGUAUUAGUUUGCUUCUGCCAUAACGAGUAUCCGGUAAAUAAAUGAGUUUUAGGGUCACCGUUCAAAAUUCAACAGGCCCACGAAUAAUUAGGUUCAGCUUUUACCAGAAGUAAUUAUGUUUUUUAAUCUUUUUAUUUAAUUGAGAUUACAUUGCAGGAUAUUGUCCGGCUUUAGCAUAGCAUAGAAGUUGUUGUCCCCAUUUGUUGUUCCACCACCGUAUAAAAGCAUGGUUUUGGUCUUUUCAUCAAUUUUUCGCCAUAUUCGAUUUUUUUGAAAAAUUACUUUUCCGAUUCCCUGUCUCCUGCUAAAUUCUUUGUUUGCUUCACUUCAUUGUUCAGCUUGUAUUGUGUAUGAAAUACAGUUAAACAAUUUUGUUUAUAAUAUAGGAAAAAAAUACUUCAUUUGAUUAAAUCAAUUUAUAUUUUUAAAUUAUCUAGUUUGAUUUUAUAUAAAUAUAUAUUUUUCAUUUAAAUAGAAAAGCUUCUGUAUAAAAAUUUAUUCACCCUUAUUUCGUUUGGCGAAGGCCAAAUCGAAAUUUGGUACUUUUACAAAAUGAUAUUUUGGUUGUCGAGGACGAAAACUCUUUCACAUUUUUGGUGCCACGUUAGUCAAAUUCGAUGGAGAAUUUAAGCGAAAACGAUUAGUAUAUAAGUUAAUGACACUCUUACGUACUUCACACGUGUAUAUUUCUAUUUUUCUAUUAGCAAAUAAAUUACCUUCGAUUACGACUGCUGUCGAAUUUCGUCUUCGACAACCGAAAUAAGGGUGAUUACAAAUAUAUGCAAAGAAUACAGCAUAUAUACAGGAAAUGAAAGCAUAUACAUUAAAAAUUUUAAAAUCAAUUUGCAACUUCA